AUGGUACUGCUCAGCGCCUCGGCGUGUGGGCUCGCCAAACUUAUCUCUAUUUGUGAACGAUACGCAGCGAGCCAUGGGUUGGUCUACAACGUCAGCAAGAGCGAAUGCGUUAUUUUUAAGGUCAAGGGUAAAUGCCCGCCAGUGUUCCCACAUGUUAGAUUAAAUGGCCAACCGCUAAAUAUCGUUGAUCAAUUUAAAUAUUUAGGACAUGUGGUGAGCGCUGACCUUAAAGACGAUGCGGAUAUUGAGCGCGAGCGCAGAGCGUUGUCCGUCAGAGCGAAUAUGAUAGCCCGCAGGUUUGCUCAUUGCUCAAAAGAAGUUAAAGUCAGUUUAUUCAGAGCCUACUGUACUAGUUUUUACACAAGCAGCCUGUGGGCAGACUACACGUAUAAACGGUACAAUGCUCUGCGCGUUCAAUAUAACAACGCGUACAGGGUGCUGAUGGGGUUGUCUAGAUUCUGUAGCGCGUCAGGGAUGUUCGCGGAAGCGCGGGUAGACUGCUUUUACACCACGAUGCGCAAAGCGAGCCACAUCCCUGGUGCGCAGAGUACGGGCCAGCUCCAACAGCAUCCUGACCAUGCUUGCGGACAGGGUUGA